GUGGGAUCCUUACGUUACACCAAAACCGCGUUUUCUUCUUCCUUCUUCUACUUGAAAGCAACGACCUUUUCAAAUCACUUAUUACAUACCACACCUGCUCUCAGUUCUUCACUGUUCUUGUCCUCAUCCCCUGUCUUUUCCCUUCCUUUUUUUCCUCUUCUGAGAGCAACAAAAAUGGAAAUUACCUUACUGUUAUUGGCACUUCUCUUCAUUGGUGGCCUUAUUAACAUCUACUUCUACAAACCCACUAAAAUAUUCUACGAUUGGCUUCAGUUUUUAGUCCCUAAAAGUUCAUCGUCUUCAUCUUCAGCAGCAACAUCCCCUGUUUCAAUCACCAAUACUACUAGUCAAGUAAUCUCAGACAAAGAAAGGAGUGACAGCACUAAUGAGCUGAAGAGGGUAUUUGCAACUUUUGACAAGGAUGGAGAUGGGUUUAUCACAAAGAAGGAGCUCAAAGAAUCACUGAAGAAUUUGAGGAUCACGGUGUCAGAACAAGAGGUUGAAGAAUUCAUGACAAAGGUUGAUUCUAAUGGAGAUGGGUUGAUUGAUUUUGAUGAGUUCUGUAUCCUGUGUGAUGAGUCUCCUGUUUUAUGUAAAGAAGGUGGAGAUCAAAAAGAGGGUGGAGGAGAAGAAGGGGAUUUGAAGGAGGCAUUUGAUGUUUUUGAUAAGGACAAAGAUGGGUUGAUUUCAGUGGAAGAGUUGGGCUCUGUUUUGGAUUCCUUGGGGUUGAAGGAAGGAAAGAAGAUUGAAGAUUGUAAGGAGAUGAUAAAGAAAGUAGAUAUGGAUGGUGAUGGAAUGGUUAACUUUGAUGAAUUCAAGAUGAUGAUGAGAAGUGGAAGCAGCAGGCUUGUAACAGUCUUCUAAGACCAUACCCAGAAGACAAAACUAUCUCCAUGGAUGCAUACUUGAGGUUUCAUCAUAUCUUCAUAUCACAAGUAGAAAUUGUACAUACAUCACUCACAAAUAUGUUCAUUCAUUAGAAACUGCAAUCCAGUUCACGUUUCUUCCCAGAUCUCUGAUAUAGUACAUUAGGAAGAUCUAUCUUAGUAGUAGAGGAACUAGACAUCAUGGUUCAUGUAUGAAUAUAAAAACAUAUUUGCAGCAGAUGGAGAAUUUUCUUUCUUGUUUGGAUUUCUUUGUGUUAUCUGUUAGUGAUUUAGAGUGUGUUUGGAUUGAGAGAUUUGGAGGGAAUGAAAAUGGAUUUUCUUUC